UCAUCCAAGGCGCUCAUCACCGUGCUGGGGAUCCCCCAGAAGCCGCAGAUCUUUGGCCACGAGCAGCCCAUUGAUGAGGAGAAGGUGGCCCGGCUCCUGUGCCGCUCGUCCGGCAGCAAACCCGCGGCUCAGCUGCGCUGGAGGAAGGGCAACAGGGAGCUCAAGGACAAGCCCACGGCGAAGAUCGAGCCCCACCCGCAGUACCCGCGGGAGGGGGAGAAGCUGCAGCUGCAGUGCGACGGGCAGGGCAACCCCAUGAGCUCGCCCCGGGUGCCUCAUGUUCCCCAGCUCCCCACCCCACACGUUCACUCCACUCCAGCCCCUCCGCCGGGCCCUUCCCAGCCCAUCUCUCAUGCUUCCAUGGCCUCCGCUCCAUCCUUCACUCCAGCUCUCAUCCAAGACGCCAGCCCCGUGCCCUCGACCUCGAGCACUUACCACGCCAUGAUCGGCGGGGUGGUGGCUGUCAUCGUCUUCCUGCUGCUCAGCCUCCUCAUCGUGCUGGGACAUUACCUGAUCAGGCACAAAGGCACGUACCUGACCCACGAGGCCAAGGGCUCGGACGAUGCUCCGGACGCCGACACCGCCAUCAUCAACGCCGAGGGCGGCCAGGCCGGCGGCGACGACAAGAAGGAAUAUUUCAUCUAGGAGGGGUCAGAGAGAGAAAGAGAGAGAGAGAGAGAGAGAAAGAAAAAUGGAGCCAAGAGAACCCCGAUGGCAACAGCAACCAGACCACAAACCCCACAAAACCCAACAGAUUUUCUCUGGCGCCCGGCACGGGCGGACGGACGGACAGAGGGAUGGCGGGACAGAGAGCAGGGAGAGCCACCGGCCUGGGGGCGCUGCCGGCGCUUCUUGAACUUUGUACAAAUGUGUUCACCCUGGCAGAGAGCCCCGGCCCCGUUUGCUUGCUUGCACCUCCAUCCCCACUCCCCCAACCCACAGACCAAGCCGUGAGUGAGCGACUUCUUCCUUCUUCCUUUGGACCUUUUUUAUUUUUAUUUUUUUCUUGCUUUUGGUUUUGUGGCUGCUCUUUGCUUCGGGCCCUUGGUUGGGGUGUUGGGCUGGGGUUGAUGUAGCUCUUCCCUUUGUUUCUCUCCGUUUUGGUUUCUUUGAUAUCCAAGGAUAAAAAUCAGCUCCGGGCUCCUGGGGCGAGUUUGGGACCCUGGGUGUCCCCGUUGUCCCCCCCUCAGUGCGUGGGGGUGACUCCAGCUGGGAGCAGAGCGAGACCCUGCCCCAAUUUUAUCCUUGGUGGUUCUUGUGGAGCAGUGUCCAUGCAGGAGCAGAGCUGUCCUCGUGCAGUCAGUGUGUGAAAGGGGGUGAAAGCCCAGGGUGGGACCCCCAGAGAGACCAGGAGCCCCCACAGCUCCC